UUGAGUGCUGUGUUCUGCUCUGUUAAAUUUGCUCGCUGCUUCUGCUCUGUUUCUCCAUUCCCAAGCGAAUCUCCGAACAGCAGGAAAAAGGAAAAAAUAAAAAAUAAUGGAUAUCGAUCUCUCCCCGAAGCUGCCCAAGAAGGUGUACGGAGGGAAUGGCGGGUCGUAUCACGCCUGGGAUCCGAAGGAGCUCCCCAUGCUGAAGGCGGGGAACAUCGGAGCUGGCAAGCUCGCUCUUGAGAAGAACGGCUUUGCCCUCCCUCGCUACUCCGACUCCGCCAAGGUCGCCUACGUCCUCCAAGGAUGCGGAGUUGCUGGAAUUGUCCUCCCCGAGAAGGAGGAGAAGGUGAUUGCUAUCAAGAAGGGCGAUGCGAUGGCCCUCCCCUUCGGGACAGUGACCUGGUGGUACAACAAGGAGGACCCGGAUCUCGUGGUCCUCUUCCUCGGGGAAACCUCCAAGGCCCACAAGGCUGGGGAGUUCACUGACUUCUUCCUCGCAGGUGCCAACAGCGUCUUCUCAGGCUUCUCCACCGAGUUCCUCUGCAGGGCCUCGGAUCUCGGAGAGAACGAUGUCAAGGCCCUUGUAGGCAGCCAGACUGGCACUGGGAUAGUCAAGCUCGACCCAUCGCUCCAAAUGCCCGAGCCCAAGCCGGAGCACCGGGAAGGUAUGGCAUUGAACUGCAUCGAAGCUCCCCUGGAUGUGAAUGUACCCAAUGGUGGUCGUGUUGUGGUCUUGAACACGAAGAACCUGCCUCUUGUGGGAGAGGUCGGGCUAGGAGCUGAUCUCGUGAGGCUUGACGGGAGUGCGAUGUGCUCUCCUGGAUUUUCUUGUGACUCGGCUUUGCAGGUGACUUACGUGGUGAGGGGCAGCGGGAGGGCCCAGGUUGUCGGGGUCGAUGGGAAGAGGGUGUUGGAGAUUACCGUGAAGGCAGGGAACCUCUUCAUCGUGCCGAGGUUCUUCGUGGUUUCUAAGAUUGCUGAUCCUGAUGGCCUGGAGUGGUUCUCAAUAAUCAGCACUCCCAACCCAAUAUUCACCAACCUUGCAGGGAAGACAUCAGUGUGGAAGGCACUGUCCCCACAAGUGCUGCAGGCAGCCUUCAACAUCAAACCCGAGGCCGAGAAGCUCUUCCGCUCCAAGAGGACCUCCGAUGCCGUCUUCUUCCCUCCGCCAAACUGAACCAGAGAGGCAUUUCGAUCCUCCCAUCUAAUAAAUGCCCCCUUAGUCUUCUUUCCCUAGGCUUUCCUCUUUACUAGUGGCUUUUAGUCUUCUUUCCCUAGGCUUUUUCUCUUUGCUAUGUGACUUUUCUCUUUUGUUGCCAUUUUGAACAUGUUUGAAUUUAAAAAAUUGAUCCGAAUAAGGAAGGUUUUCGGCUUACAAGGUC